UGGAAAAUGGAAAAUUCACCCAUUUCCCAUCAAGAUAGAGAAAAGUGUUAUAUGGGGAAGUUGUAGGCCGGAAAAUUUCCUACAAAAUAGGGCUAUUUGUUUUUUUUCAUACUACCACACUUGCUUGAUAUUAUCCCAAAAACAACCAAAGUAGCCAAAUUACCCCGUCUUCCCCUACAUAUCGCUGCUUGCUGCAGCAAUUACCGUAUCUGCUGUAGAAAUCCCUCUCUUGAUACGAUAAUUGCUGCUGCAAGCAACGAUAUCAAAACCAUACAAUUCGUUGAACACAAUAAACAUUUCAGUUGUGAAAGAAAAUUCCUCGAGAGUGGAGUGAACGUUUUUGCAAGAAUUAUUGAUUUUCUGCAAAGAGAGCCGAAUGAAAAAUAGAAUAGGGAGCUUAAACAAAAAUUAAUGGUGAAGAGAAAGUCUUUGAAAUAAGUUCUUUCAGAUGACCGAAAACCAUCAGUUUUCAUCACAAGACACUUCUGUUGUUGGUAUUGAAAAGCAUCAAAGGAACACAAACAUGGAUCCAAAAUCGGAAAAUUUACAUCUUAUAAAUCCAUUUGUACACAAGAUGGAACUGAUUGAUCCAUUGGAUAAAGUGAAAACUGCAGUCUUUACGGUUCUCCUUCUUCCAUUUCGAGUAUUCGUAAUAUGUCUGUUGCUACUAUUAGCUUGGUUUUUAGCCUGUAUUGGACUUUAUGGUCUAACCGAAGAAGACUUACGUUCAAGACCAAUGAAAGGCUGGAGAAGGACAAUUCAAAUAAUGACCGCUGCUGUAAUGAGAUUUUUAUUCAUGGCUGGGUCUUUCCAUCGGGUGCAGUUUAAAGGGGACUGGGCACCACCAAAAGAGGCCCCCAUUUUAGUUGUAGCACCACAUUCGUCUUUCUUUGAUUCAAUCGUGGUGGUCCUCUUAGGACCACCAGCCGUCGUUGCAAAAGCUGAGACGGCAUCUUUGCCAUUUUUCGGAAAGUUAAUAAAUUACACCCAACCCAUUUAUGUAUGGCGUGACGAUCCAAAUUCUCGUCAGAAUACAAUAAAGGCAAUAAAAGAAAGAGCUAAUUCACCUGAAGAUUGGCCACAGAUUAUAAUAUUUCCGGAAGGAACGUGUACUAAUCGCUCCUGCUUGAUAACAUUUAAAAAUGGUGCCUUCUAUCCAGGCGUUCCCAUUCAGCCAGUCUGUAUUAGAUAUCCUAAUGUCCGUGACACUGUUACCUGGACAUGGGAUGGACCUGGUGUAUUAAAAUUACUGUGGCUCACUCUUACACAAGUACACAGUGCAUGUGAGAUUGAAUUUCUUCCAAUAUACGUCCCAUCGCAGGAAGAAAAGGAAAAUGCCAAAUUAUAUGCUCAUAAUGUUCGCAAUGUUAUGUCCAAAGCCCUGGGAUUACCUAUAUCAGAUUAUACCUAUGAUGAUUGCAAAAUAUUAACACGUGCUAAAGAAAUGAAUCUUCCAUUUGCAUCGUCAAUUAUUGAUAUUGAAAAAUUGCGGAAAAGUAUUGGACUCAAAGAAACAAACAUUGAUGAAAAGCCAGUAAUGUUGCCAAAGUAUGAACUGGACUACAUUGAAUUUUGCCAAAAGCUUGAGAUACCACAAAAUCAUUCACAUGCACGAAAAUUGUUUUCGCUCUUUGACCCGGAAUCUAGCGGAGUUAUAGAUUUCCGGAACUACCUCCUAUGUACGCAAUUUUUAAUGAAACUGAAUCAACCUCUAAUAGAUUUAGUUAAAUCAGCUUUUGAGAUAUAUCAAAAUGAUUCAAAUGGUGUAUCGUGUGAAAUAUUUUACUUCAUAAUUCGCCAUACUUUGGGUGUUCCUGACGAAGUGAUCCACCUGAUAUAUUCACAAAUUGCAAAACAAUCAUCACAAGAGCUUAUAACAUUCGAUGAUUUUGCAAAGUACGCCAGAGGAAAAGCUGAAUUCUCAAAAAUAUUCACCGAAAAUGUUGAUUCCUGUGAAAAAUUGAAACAAGUCUAAGUCAUUGCUGUAUGUUUUAUUUAAAUUAAUAUUAAUGCUCAUUGCUCAUGUCAUAUUGAUCAAAUUUGUUACCUACGCACUAUUUAUUUAUUUUUUCUUUCAUUUGUCAUAUAUGAAAUAAUUGAACGGCGAUCCAAUGAAAAUUUUUUAAUGUUUUGUUUUAAUUUUUAUUGAAGAAAGAAUUUAAUUUUCCAAUUUGUAAUAUGUUUUGCAUUCCAUUUUUUUUUGUUUUAUUUCUUUUUUAAAUCAUUGUAAAGAUAAUAAUAUUUAUAAAUAAAUACUCUGAAAAAAAUUAUUUUGAAAUUGUGUCCAAUCGACAAGAUGCCCAAAAAUAUGUCUAUUAAAUUUAUGAAUAAAGUAUUUUUCAUGUUUAUUGUGUUGUAAGUUGUAAGGUAUAUUUAUGUAAUUAUUGUGAAUAUAAUUUGUAGUUCUGGUAAUUUAUUCUAUUUGUAUAUUUAGGAAUUAAAAUGUAAACUGAAUAAAAAAUUUCGUAGAAAA